CUCUUCGGUCGCUGCUCGGGCGGUGGCUUCGGGCGGCCUCGGCCCGACUCGGGCGGCCCGUUCGGGCCCUGCUUCGGGCUCUGCGCCGGGAGCUUCGGGCGGCCCCGGACGGAGCCUUCGGGCGGGCUCGGCGGAGUCCGGAUGGAGGACUCGGACUCGGCGGCAAAACAGCUGGGCCUGGCCGAGGCAGCAGCGGUGGCGGCCGCGGCCGCUGUGGCGGCGGCGGCCGCGGCCGCAGCGGGAGGCGAGGCAGACGAGCCGGCGUUAAGCAGGGACGAGGACUCUGAGGAGGACGCGGAUUCGGAAGCGGAGCGCGAGACGCGGCGGGUCACGGCUGUGGCGGUGAUGGCGGCCGAGUCUGGGCACAUGGACAUGGGUACCGAGGCUCUGCCCGGCCCCGACGAGGCCGCCGCUGCCGCGGCCUUCGCAGAAGUGACCACGGUGACUGUGGCAAACGUGGGGUCCUCUGCAGACAAUGUCUUCACAACAUCGGUGGCAAAUGCAGCAUCGAUAUCAGGACAUGUCCUAUCUGGUAGGACAGCUCUGCAGAUCGGGGACAGCCUGAACACUGAGAAAGCCACGCUCAUCGUCGUGCAUACAGAUGGGAGCAUCGUGGAGACCACUGGGCUGAAGGGCCCAGCAGCCCCUCUUACCCCAGGUACACAGUCUCCUCCCACCCCGCUCGCACCUGGCCAGGAGAAAGGAGGCACCAAGUACAACUGGGACCCCUCAGUAUAUGACAGUGAGCUGCCAGUGCGCUGCCGGAACAUCAGCGGCACGCUCUACAAGAGCAGGCUCGGCUCAGGUGGCCGGGGGCGAUGCAUCAAGCAGGGAGAAAACUGGUACAGUCCAACUGAGUUUGAAGCCAUGGCAGGAAGAGCCAGCAGCAAGGACUGGAAGAGAAGCAUCCGCUAUGCGGGCCGACCCCUGCAGUGCCUCAUCCAGGACGGGAUUUUAAACCCUCAUGCUGCCUCGUGUACCUGUGCUGCCUGCUGUGAUGACAUGACCCUAAGUGGCCCUGUCAGGCUCUUCGUCCCUUAUAAAAGGCGCAAAAAGGAGAACGAGCUGCCCACAACUCCAGUUAAGAAGGAAUCCCCCAAGAAUAUCACACUGCUUCCUGCCACAGCAGCCACCACCUUCACUGUGACACCCUCAGGACAGAUCACUACCUCUGGGGCACUGACCUUUGACCGAGCGUCCACUGUAGAGGCCACUGCGGUCAUAUCUGAGAGCCCAGCCCAAGGUGAUGUGUUCACAGGAGCCACAGUGCAAGAGGCGGGUGUGCAGCCCCCCUGCAGGGUCAGCCACCCUGAGCCCCACUACCCUGGCUAUCAGGAUAGCUGCCAGAUUGCCCCGUUUCCAGAAGCUGCAUUGCCAACAUCACAUCCCAAAAUAGCUGUGAGAAUCACGACUCCCACUGUCCUUAGUAACCCCCGUGUUGACCGCAGACCCCGGGAAGACUUUCCAGUCCUGACAUCCCUGCCAGCCCUCGCGGUGCCACCUUCUACCCCCACCAAAGCUGUCUCCCCCACGGUGGUCAGUGGGCUGGAGAUGUCAGAGCAGCGGAGCUGGCUGUACCUGGAAGAGAUGGUCAACUCCUUGCUUAACACAGCCCAGCAGCUGAAGGCGCUGUUUGAACAGGCUAAGCAGGCCAGCUCCUGCCGGGAGGCCGCUGUGAGCCAGGCAAGAAUGCAGGCCGAUGCAGAGAGGAAAGAGCAGUCAUGUGUCAACUGCGGCCGGGAGGCCAUGAGCGAGUGCACCGGCUGCCACAAGGUUAACUACUGCUCUACGUUCUGCCAGCGCAAGGACUGGAAAGACCAUCAGCACGUAUGUGGCCAGUCAGCAUCUGUCACUGUCCAGGCUGACGAAGUCCACGUUGAGGAGAGUGUAAUUGAGAAAGUUUCGGUUUGAGCCAGACUUCUCCCUGCACGACUGACUGUGAGGCUGUCCUAGGCUGUAGGUCCCCUGACCGCUGUGAGGCUAUGGAGAAGAGCAGCUGUGGGCUGGUCAGAAACUUGCCGGACAAGUUAUUCACAUGCUGAGCUACUAUGCCCUUGGAAAUGAACUCCUGCCAGAGACCAAGGAAUGCUGGUGGCCUUACAGGAUGGGGCACUCUGCCACAGCCCAGGGUCCCUGCCCAGUCACGGUGCUCUUUUAUCCCUGGAUCAUGAGUGUUCCAUUACCCAUGGGGGUGCCCUGUGCCACAUGUACAUAUCUGUUGCAUCUGUUAAUAAAGUUGUAAAUAAAGUCCCCACCCUACCUGGACAGUG